AUGGCUGGAGCCAAGAAGAAGAAGACCAAGCCCGCCGCCAAUCCUGCGAGGGGCUAUGCUACCACGUCUGUCGUCUCCAAGACAAGAGUUGAACCGACAGAAAACGCUUCCGAAGUCGUAAAGAAAGGCACAGAUACCCCUGGCAAAAAGCCCAGCAAUGUGCCGCAACAUGCGGCAGCCGAAAACGACAAAUCCUCGGGCGCCGCACAGAAGAAGCCGGAGCUGACCCCAGAGGAGUUCGAGAGGCAGCUGGAAGAGUCAGAACUUCAGAUUCUUGUGGAAAAGUUUGCCCAGAAAACUAGACGCGAUGCUCAGCGCCAGAAGCAAAGGCUGGAGACCGACCGUCGCCUGCUUCGGGGUCAAGCCGAGUCCGUCAACGCGAAGAAAUGGCUGCCCCAGGAGCUCAUGGAUCACAUCCUAGAUCUCAUACAAGCCGAGGGUCGUUUUUCUGCUUCCAGCUCGACAUCUGACGGGACCAGUGGGGCAAAGAUGCUCUCCGAGGAGGAUCUGACCAUAAAGUUGUGGGCGCUACAACAGACACUGAAGGCCGCAGGAUUCCCCGAAGGCAGGAUACAAGAUGCGCUCCAGUACGUCCUGGACAUCUCUGCGAAUAUCACCGGAAUAAACAAAGAUUCUAUAUGGGGUUUGGAAGAGGCCAUGGACUGGUUCGCAAGAGAAUGCACUCUUGACGAAUUGCCCGAGUAUGACAUCCGCCGGCGGCCAGGUGCUACCCCAGCCGAUUCACCACUGCCGUCUGGAGCAACCACUCCUCUCCUCCUCGAGCCUGAGGCCCUGCAGCAGGCGAAGAAGAAGAAGGGUGGUUCCAAGACAUCACGGUCGCCUGGGACAAUCUCUCCGAAACGACAAAUCAUCACGUAUGACAGCGAUAUAGAGCCCGACGAUCUCGUUCCUGUUUACCUGUCUGCCAAGACAGACCUCUUUACGAUUCAACGGCCGCAAAGAGAUACCGGCAAGAAGGGGCGAAAGUCCGGCCAGCAGCUUCAAGCGCCUCCGGCAAAUCAAGACUCGCCCGACGGUUUGGAGGUCGCAAAGCUCCUCGCCAAGAUAGACCGAAUAGAGAAGGACCCACUAUUUGACGCGGGUCUGGCCAAGAUGCAAUGGGAAUCGAAGCGGAUAGAGCUGGAGAGGGACUACGCCGAGGCCAAGAAACUCAAAGACGAUGCCGAGUCGUCACCAAAAGCAACCGUAGACACGCAAGUCGAGCAAGAGUCCACGCCAUCGCCUGGCGAAGGUAACGGCGACGAAGAAGAAGAUGACGACGACGACGAAACCACAAAAGAAGCGAAGAGGAUUGCGGCCGAGAUGCUCGCUCAGGACGAGGAUGACGAAGACCAGGCUCUCUCGGACCUUUUCGCAGCCCUCCCUACCAACGAAGUAGACGCCACGACGGGAAAGACUAACACGGUCAUAAAUAACAGCGAUGGCUCGAAAAUCAUCGUCCGGGAUUUUGGCAAGUGGUCAGGCAUGAACCCGAUGAGGGUGCUGGAAGAAGCCUGUCGAUCCCGAGACGCAUCCUCAAGACUAUCCUACAUCAAAGUCUCAGAGACUGCAUUUGCCCACAGACACCUUCUGAGUAUAUCAUGGGCCAAAGCCCAGGAACUGUUAGCCGAACAUGAUGUCCCGGGCGUUGAAGCUGCCUCAUCGCCAAACAAGUUUGUGUUCAAGAUGACGGAGAUAGCAACCCCUGACGAAAAGCAAUCAGAAGCAUUCAUCGCUACUGCCGCUCUUUUCCUUGCCUUUGGCUCGUCCACAAAAGACGAGAAGGUGUCUCUCAAAUUGCCGCCUCAGUGGCGUGACCUCUGGAAUGAGUACGCCGAGGCCAAGAAAACACAUGCGGAUGCGCAGGAUCGUGCUGCCAUAAAAGAGCUCCGAGACCUGGUUCGCAAGCGACGUGACCAGGAGGAGGAGGAUGGUGUGCUAAUACAGGGUGCCUUCCGCGGCCGGAACAACGGCCGCAAUGGUGGUGAUUCCGCCGACGUUCUUGCUGAGAAGCGGAUGUCUGGCGGUGACCCGGAGUACUAUCAAAACAUAUGGCAGAAAAAGAGCAGCACUCCAAGAUAUCAGAAAAUGUUGCAGUCCCGCAUGCAGCUCCCAAUGUGGAACUUCCGACAGCAGGUUGUGGAAGCAGUCGACCGCGAACAAGUCGUCAUCGUCUGUGGCGAGACGGGAUGUGGCAAGAGUACUCAGGUGCCUUCUUUUCUGCUGGAGCACCAGCUGUCUUUGGGCAAACCAUGCAAGCUGUAUUGCACGGAGCCCCGACGAAUUUCGGCUAUAUCUCUAGCUCGCCGGGUGAGUGAAGAGCUCGGCGAGAACAAGAAUGAUAUCGGCACGUCGCGAUCCCUAGUAGGAUAUUCGAUCAGACUCGAGGCCAACACUUCGAAGGAGACACGACUCGUCUUCGCAACAACUGGAAUCGUUAUGAGGAUGCUCGAAGGCUCGAACGAGCUGCGCGAGAUCACACACCUGGUCCUCGACGAGGUCCACGAGCGAUCUAUUGACAGCGACUUCCUUCUUAUUGUCCUCAAGAAACUGAUGGCGAAGCGGAAGGAUCUCAAGGUGGUCCUGAUGUCCGCCACCGUUGACGCGGAGCGCUUCUCGAAAUACUUUGGUGGCGCAACUGUACUGAACGUGCCUGGGCGCACGUUCCCUGUUAAGGUUAACUACCUGGAGGAUGCCAUUGAGUUGACAGGGCACACUGUCGAUAAGCGUGUCAAGGAAAAGCUGAUAGAUCUCGACGACGACGAGGCAGAAAUCAGCGAGCCAGACAGCUCUACCAAACCAGAUCUCAUCAAGACCCUACAGACGUACUCGACGCGAACUCGCAAUACACUAUCGCAGAUCGACGAGUACCAAAUUGAUUUCGAGCUCAUCGUUCAGCUUAUAGGGCGGAUCGCGGUUGACCCCUCAUACAUCAAUUACAGCAAGGCCAUACUUGUCUUCUUGCCCGGGAUUGCAGAAAUCCGGGCACUCAACGACAUGCUGCUGGGUGACAGGUUCUUCCAGCAGAAUUGGCUCGUCUAUCCUAUGCAUUCUACCAUCGCUUCAGAAGAGCAAGAAGCUGCUUUCUUGAUACCGCCCCAGGGCUACAGGAAAAUUGUACUUGCUACAAACAUUGCCGAGACCGGAAUCACGAUUCCAGAUGUCACGUGUGUGAUAGAUACUGGCAAGCACCGCGAGAUGCGUUUCGACGAGCGGCGUCAGCUGUCGAGGCUGAUCGAUACGUUCAUCUCCAGAGCGAAUGCCAAACAACGCCGCGGACGGGCGGGUCGUGUGCAGGAAGGUCUUUGCUUCCACUUGUUUACCAAGUACCGGCAUGAUACCAUAAUGAGCGACCAGCAGACGCCGGAGAUGCUACGACUAUCAUUACAGGACCUGGCAAUCCGUGUCAAGAUAUGCAAAAUUGGCGGCAUUGAGGAGACCCUCAGCGAGGCACUUGAUCCACCUUCGUCCAAAAACAUUCGCAGAGCUGUGGACGCUCUGGUUGAUGUUCGUGCGUUGACUUCCGGGGAGGAGCUGACCCCAUUGGGCCAGCAGCUUGCACGACUGCCUCUGGAUGUCUUUCUAGGCAAGCUCAUCCUAAUGGGCACCGUCUUCAAGUGCCUUGACAUGGCCGUGACGGUAGCAGCGGCUUUAUCCUCCAAGUCACCGUUCGUCGCGCCUUUUGGACAGCGUAGUCAGGCGGAUACGGUUCGUCUGGCAUUUCGCCGUGGAGACUCCGACCUUUUGACAGUGUAUAAUGCCUAUCUUGCUUGGAAACGAGUCUGCCAGUCCUCCGCGUCGACAGGCGGCCAGGAGUUCCAAUUUUGCAGAAAGAACUUCCUCAGCCCGCAGAAUUUAGCCAAUAUUGAGGACCUGAAGGGCCAGCUACUGGUCUCCCUCGUCGAUUCAGGUUUCCUGCAGCUCACGGAGGAAGAGCGUCGCAACCUGAACCGCAUACGCUACUCUUCCGGCUCUGGAGGACGGCGACGAAACCAGGCCUUCUUUGAUCUUCCGCAGCGGGUCAACAUCAACAGCAAUAAUGACAUCAUAUCCCAAUCGGUCAUCGCCUGGAGUUUCUAUCCGAAGCUGCUUGUCCGAGAUGUGCCGGGCGGAAAGGGGUUGAGGAACGUGGGCAACAACCAGUCUGUCAGCAUGCAUCCAACCAGUGUCAACAAAGGGCACAACGAGUUGCGGUGGCUGAGCUACUACCACAUAAUGCAAGGCAGCAGCAAGUUUACAAAUGCUCACGAGACAACCGCUGUUGAGGCUUUUGCAAUCGCCCUGCAGUGUGGCGAUGUUCGCGCCGAUAUGUACUCAGGUGUCCUCGUCCUCGACGGCAACAGGGCUCGCUUUGCCAUCCCCGACUGGAAAACGAUGCUGGUGAUCAAGGUUCUUCGCACGCGGCUGCGCGAUAUGCUGACUAGGUCCUUCAAGAACCCAGGCAAGCUACUCACAGCGCAGCACGAGAAAUGGAUGAAUGUGUGGCAAGACAUUUUCUCGCAGGAACAGCUCUUUCCUGACAAGAGCACCGGUAGUGUAGCGGGUGGAGGUCGGAGCUCGGCUUAG